GAUUUAGCGUCGUCUGCACUGAAAUAUUGUGCCAUCCGCGAACUCCACGUGUGUAACGACGUCUACAGCACCAAGUGAACGGUUACAUUUUCUUUUUACUAUAUUAAGUAAUUAACAGUAGUAAAUAGUGGAAUGGCAGGAGGUGAACAGGCUUCACAUCGACCCGGUCUUCUAAAACAGCAAAAUAAAUCUCAUAAAAAUGGGAGACAUCGCAGCAAAAGUGAAAUUGACAAGAACAACAAAGGACGAGUUCAUGUCAAAUUAGCAUCAAAAAGGAAAAAUCAAGAACUAAAGCGGGAUGAAAGAAGAAGGAAAGCAAAUCAGAUAAGGUCGAAGAAACGAGAAGAUGUCCUGGCUAAAAAGAGGGCAAUAGGUGGGAAUGAUUCAGCUCCUUUUCUGUCUGCAAUAAUCCCACUAGGAGAAUCAGCAAACAUUCAAAAGUUGUUAAAACAAAUCAAAGAGUGUGAUGCUGAUGCAAAAGUGGAAAUGACUGGCUCCAAUGUAAUAAACAUCAAUGUGCCACGUUUUCGGCAGAACUUCAGUUUGAUAGUGCCUCGUCCUGGAGAUCUUUAUGCAGCACUGGAUGCUUGCAAAGUUGUUGAUAAUGUUGUAUUCGUAAUAUCACCUCCUUCUGACACUGACAGCUGUAUGUCUCAUUCAACAAGUAAUGAAGGGCCUUUGGGUUUUGACAACAGUGGUGAAGAGUUGCUGUCUGCCAUCAUGGCACAGGGGCUUCCUUCUCCAAUUUUUGUUGUUAAUGACAUUGAGACCAUUUCAUUGAAGAAAAGAAAUGAUUACAAGAAGCUUCUUAUGAAACAGCUGGAUCAGAUGGUGCCAUUAGAGAAGCUUCAAGUGAUUGAAAAUGAAAGUGAUGCUCUCAGACUGUUGCAUCACAUUGGUUCCCAGAAACAGCGACCUAUCUAUCAAAGAAAUAUGAGAUGCCAUUUUCUUUGUGAAGAAGUGAACUUCAAGCAAAAUUCUGAUGAUCCGACAGUCGGAAGUUUGAUCGUCGAUGGAUACGUACGCUAUCAACCCUUAAACGUGAAUGGAUUAGUCCACAUACCUGGAUGGGGAGACUUUCAAAUGGAGCGAAUCGAAGUCAGGAGGGAACCCGGAGAAUUUAUUUUCCUGGAGGAAGCAAAUCCCGCUCUUCAAGAAUCACUGAAAUCCGAAAAUGAUCCUGAUCCUAUGAACGGUGAGCAGACAUGGCCUUACCAAGAAGAAAUGGAAGGCCAAACUUUGGAAGCGGACAAAAUUGAAGAUGAUGAAGAAUCGGAAAAAAAGAAACGAGUACCAAAAGGAACAUCAGAGUAUCAAGCCGCCUGGAUCAAAGACGAGGACGAUGAUAAAAACGAAGAAAACGAUGAAGAAGAAGAGGAUGAUAGUGACGAUUGGGAAGAUGAUUACGAAGACAUGUCUGGAGAUGAUGGAAGUGAAGAAUCACAUGAAGAAGCUGAAGAAGAUGAAAUGGAAUCAGUAGACAACGAAGGUGGAGACACGGAUGUGUACGAUAAAAAAGUUAAAUUUGCAGAUGAAGAAGAAGAAUUUAAAAAAAUUAAGGAAGCUCGUGAGGAUGAACUUUUCCCUGACGAAGUGGAUACGCCACGCGACACAUUGGCUAAGGUACGCUUUCAAAAGUAUCGUGGUUUGAAAUCCUUUCGUACAUCACCUUGGGAUGCCAAAGAAAAUCUACCCAUGGAUUAUUCCAGAACUUUUCAGUUCCAAAAUUUUCCGCGGACUCGUAAGCGAAUCUUGAAAGAAGAACGAACUGGAGCAAAGCCCGGAUGGUACGUGAGAGUUCACGUUAAGAACGUGCCCAGCCAUUUACCAGCGAGUCUCCAAUCCGGCUACCCAUUGACAUUAGUCGGCAUGUUGCCUCACGAACAGAGAAUGAGUGUGGUUAAUCUUGUUCUUAAGAGGUUCAAAAAUGCACGCGAUCAGCAAGCGAUUCCGUCAAAAGAGCGACUGAUCUUUCAUUGCGGUUAUCGGCGGUAUGCUGCUGCUCCCAUUUUUAGUCAGCACACUGCAGCCAACAAGCAUAAGUAUGAGCGCUUCUUUCGGCCAGAAUCAGUUGUAGUAGCAACUCUUUACGCGCCAAUUAUCUUUCCAUCUGCCUCAGUCUUGGUAUUUCGGGAAAAGAAGGACGGAACUCAAGUAAUGAUAGCGACUGGAUCGGUUUUAUCAGUAAAUCCUGAUCGCAUUACAGUUAAACGUGCCGUUUUGAGUGGAGCACCAUUUAAAGUUCACCGCAAAUCUGCUGUCCUGCGAUUUAUGUUCUUCAACCGUGAGGACAUCGAAUGGUUCAAACCAGUUGAAUUAAGAACGAAAUAUGGUCGACGAGGUCACAUCCGAGAACCACUUGGAACGCAUGGACACAUGAAAUGUGUAUUUGAUGGCCAAAUCAAAUCCCAGGACACAGUAAUGAUGAAUCUUUAUAAACGCGUGUUCCCGAAGUGGAGCUACGAUCCUAACGUAGCGUCUCCAUCUCCUUUGUAUAAUCAUGAAGUAGAAAUGGAAGAUGCUGCCAAUCAAUUAAUGGUAUAAAUAAAAUUUGAUUGGACCUUGUC